AUGCUCACCCCUACAGCUGCUUCGCUUCUCGUAGUAGCCCUACGCGCUGCUGGCGUCCAGGCGCAACAACGGCAGAGUCUCUGGGGCCAGUGUGGUGGCCAGGGCUGGCAAGGGCCGACAGUGUGCGUCGAAGGCGCCUACUGCUUCCAGCAGAACCAAUGGUACCACCAGUGCAUUCCUGGGAGUGGCCCUACAACAUCCUCUCCUCCCACCCCGUCCACCACGCUCAGAACAUCUACUGUAACCUCUGCUCCGCCUGUCAGCAAGACGACAUCCACGGCACCAGGCGGAGGGCCCACGGCGUGCCCUGCCAUUCCAGCCGGGCUGGGCAACCCGGUCUCUAACGCGUUGAACGACCCCUUCACGUUCCACGGAGGCAGCAAGGUCACCAGCAAGGCCGACUGGACAUGCCGCCAGGCCGAGAUCAGCCAACUCCUCCAGCGGUACGAGCUGGGCACCCUGCCGCCCAAGCCCGCAUCCGUGUCGGCCAGCUUUUCGGGCAGCACGCUGAGCAUCAGCGUUUCCGAGGGCGGCAAGUCCAUCUCCUUCUCCGUCACCAUCAACAACCGGCCCUCGGGCAGCGGGCCCCACCCGGCCAUCAUCAACUUCGGCACCUUCGGCGGCCUGCCCGUCCCCGCGGGCGUGGCCACCAUCCUGUUCAACAACGACGAGAUUGCCCAACAGCAAGGCGGCUCCUCGCGCGGCAGGGGCAAGUUCUACGAUCUUUACGGCAGCGGCCACUCCGCGGGCGCCCUGACGGCCUGGGCAUGGGGCGUGUCGCGCAUCCUGGACGCUCUGGAGCUCACCCGGGCCCAAACCAACAUUGACCCGGCGCGGAUCGGCGUGACGGGAUGCUCGCGCAACGGCAAGGGCGCCAUGGUGGCUGGGGCCCUGGAACCGCGCAUUGCGCUGACACUGCCCGAAGAGUCAGGGGCGGGCGGGGCCGGGUGCUGGCGCAUCGCGGCGUGGCAGAAGGCCCGCGGCGACAACGUGCAGGACGCGGUGCAGAUUGUGCAGGAGAACGUGUGGUUCUCGCCCAACUUCAACAGCCACGUCAACAAUGUCAACAGCCUGCCCUUCGACCACCACCUGCUCGCGGGCCUCAUCGCGCCGAGGCCGCUCUACAUCAUGGAGAAUGUGGAUAUGGAGUGGCUCGGCAAGGUGUCGACCUACGGCUGCAUGGGCAUUGCGCGGAAGCAGUGGCAGGCCCUGGGCGCGCUCGACCGGUUUGGAUACUCGCAGGUUGGCGGGAACUCGCACUGCAGCUUCCCGAGUUCCCAGCAGGGCAGCGAGCUGAAUGCGUUUAUUGGAAAGUUCCUGCUGAAUAACCCUAAUGCGGGCAACACAAACAUCUUCCGCUCGACGCAGAGCCACAGCUUCAACAUUGACUCGUGGAGCCCCUGGGCGGUUCCGAAUCUUGCUUGA